AUGAACUGGAGGUUCUUUGAUGGGGUAGCCACGCCUCGGCACCCUUUCAAUGCUGAGACCCCGUCUGGCGCGGUAUUUCGAGACGCAAUGGGACGUCUGCCUGUUGCGACGCAGCUUUUAGAGCUGCUGACAGGUCCGCCAACGGCUGGAGAUAUCGAAGACCAACUGCAGCAUGCGCGCGGCGCUUCCAGUUCUGAUCUCGAUGGAGUUGGCUACGGUAUUUAG